CCGCAAACAGUCGCGCUCUCCAAAAACUCUUCUGCUGUUUUUAUUUCCCAAAGUUCCCCCCCUCGUCCGCGCGCUCCCCAACACACGAUCCCGCCCAACUCAACUUGACUCGCUCAUUCUCACUGAUGGAGCCUAAAAGUUCGAGAAAGUAAACUUUCUGUGAAUGAUUCCCGCCGCAGAUGUGCUGAAUCCGCGCUGAUCUCCGCUCGUGUUUUGAUGGAUGUUCGCGGGACGCGCUUCUGUUUGCUGGAGCCAGAAAGUUUGCAGUGAAGAAAGAGUUUGAUCGUGUUUGCGAGCUUUGAUUCACUCUUCAUAGCUGGUCAGAAUGGAGGCCGGUGUUCCUGCUGCCGCAGAGAAGAAGGACUGUAAAUCUUCUCCUCUAGAAGGAAACAUCUUCAGUGAAAUGCCCAAAAAACCUUCUCCAUCAUCUCUGAGCAGAGGGCCUCAUCACAUCUUCCCGACUUUCCAUUCUCCGAUUCCCAUCGACGUGCGUCACCAUGAGGGGAGAUACCACUACGAUCCCCACGCGCUUCACGCUUUGCACGGUCCUCCAGGUUUAGCGGGCAGUCCAGUGAUCUCCGACAUCUCUCUGAUCCGUCUGUCUCCGGGAGCCGCCGGCGAGGCUUUUCUCCCUCCGCACUCAUACGUCUCUCCGCAUGUCGAGCAUUACCUGCGAUCGGCUCACAGCAGCCCAACACUGUCCAUGAUCUCAGCGGCCCGAGGGCUCAGUCCAGCAGAAGUGGCCCACGAGCACCUGAAGGAGCGAGGGUUGUUUGGUCUUCCUCCUCCUCCCGGUGCAUCUCCAGCAGAUUAUUACCACCUGAUGGCCGGCCAUCGGAACCCAUAUGGAGAACUACUGAUGCAGGGAGCCGGAGCCGCAGCGGCCGCCGCUCACCUGCCAGAAUACUUCACAUCAGUCGACGUUUCCCGGUUUCCCAGUCCUCGUGUGACGCCCAGGUUGAGCCGUAAGCGAGCGCUGUCCAUCUCUCCGCUCUCAGACGCCAGCAUUGACCUGCAGACCAUGAUCCGGACGUCCCCCAACUCUCUGGUGGCAUACAUCAACAACUCGCGCUCCAGUUCGGCCGCCAGCAGCUCCUAUGGACACCUGUCAGUCGGAGGCAUCAGCCCUUCAUUCCCGUUCCCACACUCCAUUAAUCCAGUGGCGUAUCAGCAGCUGUUGACCCAGCAGCGAGGCCUCAGUGCGUUCGGACACACGCCGCCGCUUAUUCAGCCGUCACCAACAUUCUCUAGCAGACACCCGCUGAGUCUGUCCACUCUGCCCACGCCAAUCACCAAUGACACCGAGACCAAGAACUCAAACGGAGAGUCUGCGGUCAGCAGCACAGUCAACCCACUCGGCAACAAGAGGUCAAAGGUCAAGACGGAGUUGGACGGGCCGCGACCUGUGUCACCCUACUCACCGGAGCACCUGAGCAGUGCACAGGACCUGAAGGAAGACAUGGACGACUGUAAGCAGGAGGCGGAGCUUGUGUAUGAGACCAACUGCCACUGGGAGGGCUGCAGCAAAGAGUACGACACACAGGAGCAGCUGGUGCAUCACAUAAACAACGAGCACAUCCACGGGGAGAAGAAGGAGUUUGUGUGCCGCUGGGACGAGUGUUCACGCGAGCAGAAGCCCUUCAAAGCGCAGUACAUGCUGGUGGUGCACAUGCGCAGACACACCGGGGAGAAACCGCACAAAUGCACCUUCGAGGGCUGCUCAAAGGCGUAUUCUCGUCUGGAGAACCUAAAGACUCACCUGCGUUCACACACUGGAGAGAAACCGUACGUCUGUGAACACGAGGGCUGCAACAAGGCCUUCUCCAAUGCCUCCGACCGAGCCAAACACCAGAACCGCACACACUCCAACGAGAAACCCUACGUGUGUAAGAUCCCAGGCUGUACCAAGCGCUAUACUGAUCCCAGUUCGCUUCGGAAACACGUUAAAACCGUGCACGGGCCCGAAGCGCACGUCACCAAGAAACAACGCGGAGAUCUACCGUCCAGACCUCAUCCGCCUAAGGAGAACGGAGAAAAUGAAGCCGGAGCCAAGAUGGCGGAGGAGAAAAUUGAAGCCAACAGCACCACUAGAGGAGUGGAGGACUACCUGCAGGUCAAGUCUAUCAAGACUGAAAACUCAAUGAUGUAUCAGUCCAGCCCUGGUGGUCAGUCAUCAUGCAGCAGCGAGCCGUCACCGCUUGGCAGUGCCAGCCUCCAUGGCGGUGGAGUAGAGCCGGCGGGACUCAGCGGGGGCAGCGUGGGAGAUCUGAGUGCCCUGGAUGACGUGCCCAUUGUGGAUUCCACCGUCUCCACAGGACUUCUGGGCCUUCAUUUGCGCAAGAAUGCCGGCCCGGCCCACAGACUCACACACCUGAAGCAGGAGAAGCUAAUAUCGGUGCGGGACUCAUGCUCCUGGGCAAACACAGCUCCUCCUGUCCCCUGCACCAAACUACCACCCAUCAAUACCGGUUCUUUAUUGGACGGUCUGUGUGAUCCAGGGCUUUCCAUCUCUAGCCCGCGUCUGGGCGACCUCUGUCCUGGUGAGACUACAGUGUUAAGCCAGUUGGUGGAGCGUCGGGACAGCCUGGCCAGCACUGUGAGCUCUGCGUACACCUUCAGCCGGCGCUCAUCCGGAAUAUCACCUUGUUAUUCGAGCCGUCGGUCCAGCCAAACAUCACAACCUGGCGGCCGUCUCAACAACAUCAGCUCUGCUGACUCCUAUGACCCCAUUUCAACCGAUCUGUCUCGAAGGUCCAGCGAGGCCAGCAUAUAUGGAGGAAUCUUCAGUUUGACUCCUGCACAACACUACAGACUCAAAGCCAAAUAUGCUGCCGCCACAGGCGGAGCACCACCCACGCCUCUGCCUAACAUAGACUGCAAGACUCUGUUAGGAGAUUCCCAUGAAAUCCCCAUACACCCCCCUUUGGUUCCCAGAAGGUGCAGUGACAUCGGCUAUGCCAACCGGAGCGUUUUACCCCAUGAGGUGACAGCAAACAUUACUCGAAGAGCAAGCGACCCAGUUAGACGAGUAGCAGCUGAGCAGCAUUCGCUGUACAACAGUGUAAACCCGUAUCCAACAUUACACCCUCUUGCAUCAAGCCGACACUUUUACAGCAUGUCUGAGAGUAAUGUCAACCGCCAGCAAUAUCCACCUCGAGCUCCGAGCAUUUCUGAGAACGUGAUGAUGGAAGCUCUGCCGGAUGAUAUGGAGAGCUGCAAUGGUGUUGAAGAUGGUUUGAUGAUGACUGAUGACUCGGUUCAGUGUAUCACAACUCAAAAUGCAGAUUCCCCACAACAUACAGGCAUAGCGUACCAGAAUCAAAGCUUUGGGUCUCCACAGCAUUGUCAUCUCCAGAGACGUCUGGCUUUAGUAGAGGGGAAUAUGAAUGCUGUAGCAAGACAAACAGCAAGCUCUCAGCAGACGUUUCCAGGUUCGCCCAAUGCCACAAAGAUCCCGAUGCCGGUGCAGUGGAAUGAGGUCAGUUCAGGGACGGUGGAUUCAUCUCGCAGCCAAACCAAGCAGGGAUCCGGGCGGGGAAACCUCCAACAAAAACAAAACCUCAGCUCAUUUCUGAAUGUCAACUCCAACCAGCAAGUCGGUCUGAUGAGCCACAACCUUGCCCAGCCGAGUCCCGUACAGCGCAAUGUUGAGUUUAAUUCCCAGAGGAUCAAUCAGAGGCAGGCUAACGCAGAGUUUCUGCAUGGUUACCUUCAGGGUUCUGCUUCGAAUGACAUCAGUCUUGGUUUGCUAAACCCGUCUGGUAAAUCGCUGAGUGUUCAAGCUGGUGGCGUACAGAAUAAUAGGGUACGCGCUCAAGCCCAAAGCCAUGCCACUUUUCCAAAUAAUCAAGGAAAUUACUCCCAGAUGAGCACCAACCAGCAAGGCUACAUCGUAGCGUCCCAGAAUGUGAACGGAAACCUGCUGCUACAGCCAAGGCCGCCCACAGAACCCAAACCCUACAGCACGCAACAUUCAGGGCCAACAACAACAACAAGUGCAGCACAGUCCAACUUUAGCCCUGCAUACGACACCUCCGAGGCAAGCCCAAAAAAAUCCAGCACCAUGUUUUACACCGGCCAGAUUCACAUGUUUGAUUCGAGCGCUGCAACGCACUGUGGGACAUCUUCAGUGGGCUCCCCUGAAACCAAUCAAGUCUCCAGUACGGUGGAUUCAAGUGGAGCUGAUCCCCCGCAGAUUGAUUUUGACGCUAUGCUAGAUGACGGCGAUCAUUCUAGCCUCAUGUCAGGAACUUUAAGCCCAGCCCUCCUCCUCCGCAGCCUAUCCCAGAAUUCCUCCCGUCUCACCACACCCAGGAAUUCGGUGACACUGCCGCCGGUGGCCGCAGGCAUCAGUAACAUGGCCAUCGGAGACAUGAGCUCCAUGUUAACUGCGCUAGCGGAGGAGAGCAAAUUCCUCAAUAUGAUGUCAUAGAAAAACAGGAAGCACAACAUUUAAAGAGACAGACAUUUCUGUGUUUGAAAUCGCCUCCUAUACACUCUAUUCCCUACACUGGUGCACUAAUAUAUACAGUCAAGUCAAAAUAGUCUUAAUAACUCAUUUCUUCUUGAUUUAUUUUAUCUUUGCCAUGAUGACAGCAUAUAAUAUUUGACUAGAUAUGUUUUAAGAUACUAGUAUUCAGUUUAAAGUGACAUUUAAAGGCUUAAUCAUUGGACAACAUUGGUAUGUUUUGUAGCCAAUUGAAAAAAAAAUCCUUAAAGUGGCUAGUUAUUCAUUCAUUCAUUCAUUUUCCUUCGGCUUAGUCCAUUAUUCAUCAGAGGUCACCACAGGGAAAUCAACCGGCAACUUAUCUAGCAUAUGUUUUACACAGCGGGUGCCUUUCCAGCUGUAACCCAGUACUGGGAAACACCCAUGCACACUCGUUCACACACACUCAUACACUACGGCCAAUUUAGUGUAUUGUAUACGGCCAGUGUAGUGUCUAGUGCACUUCACCUAUAGUGCAUGUGUUUGGAAAACCCACACCAACUCGGGGAGAACAUCCAAACUCCACACAGAAAUGCCAACUGACCCAGCCAGAACUCAAACCAGAGACCUUCUUGCUGUAAGGCCACAGUGCUCACCGCUGAGCCACCGUGCCACCUGUGGCUAAUAAUUCAUUCAUUCAUUUUCUUUUCGGCUUAGUCAUUUAGUCAUUUAGCAGACGCUUUUAUCCAAAGCCCCUUUAUUAAUCUGGGGUCUCCACAGCAGGAUGAUCCGCCAACUUAUCCAGCACAUGUUUUACACAGCGGAUGCCCUUCCAGCUGCAACCCAUCUCUGGGAAACACCCAUACACACUCACUCACACUCAUACACUACGGACAAUUUAGCCUUCCCAAUUUACCUGUACCGCAUGUCUUUGGGCUGUAGGGGAAACCGGAGCACCCAGAGGAAACCCACGCGAACGCAGGGAGAACAUGCAAACUCCACACAGAAACGCCAACUGACCCAGCUGAGGCUCGAACCAGCGACCUUCUUGCUGCAUUACUGCAUUGCUGUGGCUAAUAAUAUUGACCUUAAACAUUUUAAAACUGCUUUUAUUCCAGUUAAACUUCCUCCAGAAGAAAAAAUAUUAUAGGAAAUGCUGUGAAAAUGCGCUGUUAAACAUCACUUGGGAAAUAUUUGACAUAGAAUAAAACGUUCACAGGAGGGCGAAUAAUUUAGCCCUUAACUGUAGUGCACUUGAAGCCAGGAGUGAAUGUAAACACGUGAGUGAAUUUGGUGCACUAAUGCCGAGUUCAGACUGCACGAUUAUCAAAGUAGUGGCGUCACAGAUGUUUCCAUACUGCAUGACGAUCUGGGCUAUCAUUCCGUUGCUGCUUUGUUUACACUGUAAGAUGGAUCGGCGGCAGGAGGUUUCACACUGAGUGACUUUACAAUAGGAAGAAUCUCUGAUAACCUUGUCUCGUUCCGCAAACUACACCUCACAACCAAACACACGCGAGAAGUGACAUGAAAACAACGCAUAGUCAUCAUGUGGUAUAUCUUUCGGUGUUAAAGGUGCAGUAGGUGAUCGUCACAGUUUUGGUUGUACUGGUUGAGAGUCUCUUCACAUUCCAAUAGUAAUGAUAAUAAUAAUAAAGUAAAUGAUCUUAAUGUGUUUAUAUGUAUUUUUAUAUUCUGGGUAAGGCUCAGACUAUGUUCGUCCAAUUAAAAUUUGUCAGUCCGACAAUUCCCAUAAUUCUGAUAAGUGGCCCAAACUGUCUUUCAGCAAAUGUAGAUUUGUACAUCUGCAGCCGUUCACGCAGAUCCUCCAUUUGCGUGUGCACACGACAGACACAGUGACAGCGGUAAAAACAAAUGCUGAAUCAAAACUUAUUGACAAAAAUAAUUGCGUUCGCAACUUCACGUGAGCAAAGCAGGUGAAUCACUAUUACUAUUAUUACUAAUAAUCAACAGCUGAGGUGAUGCGUGCGACUGUUUAUAACGCAUGCGCGCUCCCGUUUCCUUGCGUGAAGCAACUGUGUCUAGAAACACAACUGAUGUGAUCGCUUAUCUUUCACAUAGACUAGACAAAAAUAAUAUACAUGCACCCACAGUCUUGCUGCUUUCAAGAGUUCCAGAGUUGACUUAUUGUAAGCAGCACCAGCUGCUUUCGCUUUAACUAUUCUUUGAACAGAUUAUUUAUGGGGGUCUAACAUUACCCGUGUGUGUGAUAUCCUUUCAUUAUCACACGGUAUGUUUUUACCUGCUUUCUUUUGCGUUAAUAUGGUUUAAUUAUCAUUUUUUACAAUAACAUUGCUUUAAUGGAAGAUUAACUCCCUGUUUAUGUGUAGUUAACUGCUGAUCUGGGACCGUUAGCCAGGACAGAUUACUGUGCAUAUGCUUUGUUAAAUAAAAAGUAUAGUAUACAGCUAUAUUUAGCUUGUUUUGACGCAUUUAAAAUUUGUGGCUGAGAAAUAAUUAAUUCUUUAUGUUAAGUGUGGUCAGAGAUACAUUUGGUAAAUCCUUCAUUUUGAGCUCUGAAAAUUGCGUGAAAUGAAAACUGAUUGUAAUACUAUGAAAGCAUGACCCAUCUGCUCAUGAUUAUUGAGCUCAUACACGACACACAAAAAGUGAAAUGAAUGAGGAGGCAUGUGCAGAUAACGCAAAAACCAAAGUCAUUUUAGCAUGUCAAAGUCAUAUUUAUGUGUAUACAAUAUAUUUUCCCAACGAUAAAAUUGCUAGUGAAAAUGGCGAGUGGCUAGUAAUGUUGGAAAACUACUAGCCACAGUGGCUGGUGAUCAAAAAAGUUAAUAUCAAGCCCUGGUUAUGAUUAUUACUGAACCGAUACCGAAUUAUCCGCAUCUGUAUCGCGGUGCACCGAAGAAACAAUUCAUCUUGACAAAUAUAAUACAGUUUUUCGUUGGGAAUUGCAGUAUUAUAAAAGUCCUAUAAAGUUUUGUAACUGGCGGAUGACACGAUCUCGUGGGUUGUCUACUGUCGUCUUUAAUGUUCGUGAUUUCAAAUUUCCACUAGUUUUCACUUCAUUUCUUGAGUUCAACUAGACCGAAAUAAAACCCUUAACGUCUCCCUCAACCUGCAGAUACCCACACUAGUGGAUGCUGCUUUCUUAUUGGCUGUAUAUAAUCGCCGAUGUUAUUUUCAAUCAGAACACAUUUCACUCAGCAUGAUUUUGAAUCCAGCUCCAGAUAUUCAGUAGUGAUGGUGAAAUGAAGCUUUCUGAAGCAGUGAAGCACUCGACUCAAUUGUAUUGGAAAAAGGUUCGUUACUUGAAGCUUUCUAAAUCAGAGCUCGAUGAGGAUCUCUGCUGGUUAGAGUAUGGGACAGCACUGUGUUGCAAUCAUGUCAAAUGUUCACAACUGACCAACUCAUUCAUGUAGUAAUACAACAGUAAUAUAAACAAACAACUCAAUUACUGUAGUUUUUACACAUAAGGUAUAUAACAUUACACCACAGAUGCCUGAAGUAAAAUCCAAGGUAUUCAAAAGUAUUUACAUUUAUCUUAUUCCAACUAGUCAUUCACCCACCCACUCGUUCCAAGUGAGGAUCGAACCAGCGAUUCCAGCAUGGUAGGUGAAAGCACUAUGUGAAUGAAGCUUUCGCGCUGCGCUCGCCAGCUGGUCUCUGUUAAACACUAUACUACGAUAUGCAGUGGUUUUCUUAAAAGAUAGUUGUAAAAAAUACGCUAAUACACUUUAGUAUGCUUCAAAACCUUUUUACUAUAAAUUACUGUUGUAUUUUAGUUUAAUUACUGGUGUGUGGGACCGGUGCAGUGCUUUGAAACAGUAGAAACGUAUGUAAUCGACGCCUAAUCUCUCGCUAUACACUUUACUAACCCAUGGGGGUGUUUAAACCUUUGAAUCAAAAUUGGAAGCAGUCACGUGGGUAUAGGCGAAAGUGAAGCUUCGGACGUCACUGAUCACGUGAUGAUGGUAAAACGAAUCGAGCUCCGGCACACUGCUUCACUGCGAGAUGUAUCGUUUUUUUGAUACAUGCCUCGAAGCCUCGGCGCACAACGUCACAUCACUAAUAUUCAGCAUGCUAAAUACCUGACGGGCGUCUGCGACUCAUUGGUGAUUCUCUCAGAUGGUGUGUUUGAUGGUUCACACUGUGUGAUUGUUACUCACGUGAACGAGCAAUGAUUUGCCUGUGAUCUCAGGCAUUUGUGAGCGAUUUCUCAAAACCUGUCGGCGAGUGAAAAUCGGGUCUAAAAUCAUGCUGAACUCGGCAUUAUUGAUGCUGUUUUGUUUGUGUUUUGCUGGUUGAUUAGAUUUUAAACCCUUUGGUCAGACCCUGAGCUAGUUAUUCACCACUUAUCCAGCUGUCUAUUAUUAAAGUAUUUUAAUUUCUGUCAUGAAUAUAAACAUUGAGUUGAUUAAUUAAUAUUUUCAUUUGAAACUCACACCAAUUGGAUUCUACUGUUGACGCCAUCUAGUGGUCAGGCAUGGAAAUUCAACUCUCAAGCCUCAUUCACACUACAACCGACUCACAACAGCAAAGCGACAAGCGACCGUUCAUAUCACCAUGAACGAUUUCCAGCGACCUCUGUCUACAUAAUCGACAUCAGUCGUUGGUGAUCAGGUGGACGUGUCGAGCGACGCGGCAAUGUUAAGAAUCCUUCAACUUUAUGCAAAUGAAGAGCGACUUUCUUGAGCGACAGCCAAUAGGAGCGCCAGUAGAGCUCCCUCUCUCCUCUCUCAGCUCCUGCAGAGGCUGGUUGGAUUCUCCGCGCUCAGAUCUGUUCGCCACCCAGAGCGACAGGCAGCUACGAAGUCAUCGCUGCUAGUGUGAAUGAGGCUUCACAGUGCAUCAUUUUCCUAGCUGUUGAGUGUGCAUGGGUUGUACGCUUAUUAUUGCAGUGCAUUACUGGAUUGAUUGCACUUCAGAACGUCUACUAUGAUUUCAUAUACGCACCAUUAAUUGUACAGGGGGCGAUUUCAGAUACAGUUUGCGGAAAAAAAAAAACCUGAGUGACUUCAUGCAAGGACAUAAUAUUGCAUAAAUGUUUUCAAAUGCUUUUUAAGAGUGUAUUAUCCUGUAUAGUGUUAGUCGAGACUUAGGUAGCAUCUUUUUGUUUUCUUCAAGAAGCCAUACUUUGCCUUAGACCAGUGUAUGUACAGCACAUAUGAGCAGACAGAUGGAGAGUUUGAUUAGCGACGGUCCUGUAUUUUUAUACGACUUCUGAUGACGCAGGAACAAGUGCCUCGCUGCGCACAAGCGAAUGCAGGAAUUAUUAUUAGCAGAACAGGACUGAAUCUUUUGUGUCUUCUCCAAUGGACGCCAAGAGGUUUUGUAUAUUCUGUAAAUGAAAUGUAAUAUUAUACUUCCUAUGCUUAUUUCUACUCGACAAAAGAGAGCUUCCAAAGUGAAUAUGCAUAUAUGAUAUUAUGAUGCUAUGUUAAACAUGACACUUGAAAGUCUUGCUUUGUUUUGAUUUAUUGAUGUAAUCAAAGAAACGUCACGGCGCUCUCUAGAGAUCGCAACGCUCUGAACCCAACCAGUUAUCUUGGACUUUUGAACUCGGUACACAGAAAUAUGUUUCAGCUGUUUCAUGUAGAUAUAUUUUGUACAUUUUUAAUGAAAUACAAUAUUGCUGUUUUCUUAAA